ACUGGACUAAUACACUUGUUGCCAAGAUUUCAUGGCCUUGUAGGUGAAGAUCCGCACAAGCACCUCAAGGAGUUCCAUAUUGUUUGUUCAACUAUGAGGCCACAAGGUGUGCCUGAGGAGCAUGUCAAGUUAAAGGCUUUUCCAUUCUCUCUGAUGGAUGCAGCCAAGGAUUGGCUCUACUAUCUCCCUCCAGGAUCUAUUGCUAGUUGGGACAACUUGAAGAGACUUUUCCUGGAGAAAUUUUUUCCAGCAUCAAGAGCUGCGUCCAUAAGAAAGGAAAUAUGUGGGAUAAGGCAACUUGAAAGAGAGACCCUCUAUGAAUAUUGGGAAAGAUUCAAGAGGUUGUGUGCUAGCUGCCCUCAUCACCAAAUUAAUGAUCAAUUGCUCAUACAGUACUUCUAUGAAGGACUGCACCCUAUGGACCGAAGCAUGAUAGACGCCGCAAGUGGAGGGGCGUUGGUUGACAAAACUCCAAUUGCAGCCCAGAAUUUGAUAGAGAAUAUGGCUGCCAACUCACAACAAUUUGCAACAAGGCAAAAUUCUUGUGUUACCAGAAAUGUGAGUGAAGUUCAAGUUGCUGAGUCUAGUAAAAUAGAACACAAGCUUGAUGAAUUGGCAUCCAUGGUGAAGCAAUUGGCUUCUAUGCAAAAGAGUGCUGCUGCAUCCUCAUCUGCUCCACCACCCAUUCCAGCCAUGUUGUGUGGUAUUUGCUCAGCUACAGACCAUUACACUGAUAGCUGUCCUACACUACAAGAGUCUGAUACUUUAGAAGGUAAUCCUCAGGCCUAUGCUGCAAAUAUUUACACUAAUAAAUUUCCUUUUCCAAAUUCGCAGCAGCAGCCCAAUUGGGAUCUAUCUUCCAAUAGAUAUAACCCAGGCUGGAGGAACCAUCCAAAUUUGAGAUGGGAGAAAAAUGAACCAUCACUGGAGGAGCUCAUGAAGCAAUUGACCAUGAACAACAUCACUUUCCAGCAAAGAACCGAGGCUAGUAUUAAGACUUUGGAGAACCAAAUGGGACAACUAGCCUCAUCUCUGAACCAGAUGCAAUCUCAAGGUUCAGGAAACCUCCCUGCACAAACUGUAGCAAAUCCUAAAAAUGUGAGUGCAAUCACUCUGAGGUCUGGAAAAGUGAUGCAAGAGCCCACAGUGUCCAAAGAGAAAGGAGACCUAAAAUGUGCUCCAUCUACAGUUGAUCUAAAUGGAGAGGAAAAGGUUCAAGAACAACCAGAACCUACAUCUGCCCAACCAAAGGCGGCAGAAAAUGUUGAUAGGCCAAUUCCUCUACCAUUUCCUCAGAAAGUUAUCCAGCCAAGCAAGAAGAUUGAAGAGGCUGAGAAAGAGAUCCUUGAGACCUUCCGAAAGGUAGAGGUGAACAUACCUCUACUAGAUGCAAUCAAGCAAAUACCCAAGUACGCCAAGUUCUUGAAAGACUUAUGCACCCAUAGGAGGCGUCUUAAGGGUAAUGAGAAGGUAAAUAUGGGUAGGAAUGUUUCUGCACUCUUUGAAAAACAAAGGUCCACAAUGCCUGAGAAAUGUAAGGACCCAGGAACAUUCACUAUCCCAUGCAUUAUUGGUAAUAAUAUGAUUGAGAAUGCCAUGCUAGAUUUAGGAGCAUCUAUAAAUGUCAUGCCAUUGUCUAUUUUUACUUCACUAUCUCUUGGCCCUCUGCAGCCAACAGGUGUGGUUAUUCAGUUAGCCAACAGAAGCAUAACAAACCCAGCUGGGAUUGUUGAAGAUGUAUUAGUCAGAGUGAAUGAUCUCAUCUUCCCAGCUGACUUUUACAUUUUGGACAUGCAAGAGGGAGAAUCAGUGAAAGGUGCGGCACCAAUCAUUUUGGGAAGACCGUUCUUGAAGACUGCAAGAACGAAAAUUGAUGUGCACGCUGGGACGCUCACUAUGGAGUUUGGAGACAGCAUUGUGCGCUUCAACAUUUUGGACGCCAUGAAGCAUCCAUUGGAAGAACACUCUGUUUUCCAAAUUGAUUUGCUGGAUGAUUUGAUAAUCAAGGAUAGAAGUGGAACCCAAAAUCUGGUAGCUGACCACCUGAGCAGAAUAAAGGGAGUUCCUAACCCUAUUCCAAUUUUAGAUGAUUUUCCUGAUGAACAACUCUUAGAGUUGUAUGCUUCACAGACACCUUGUGACCAAGUUAUUAGAAGAUGUGUGCCUGAUGAAGAGAUCUCAUCAAUACUGCAGUUCUGUCAUGCCUCAGCUGUAGGAGGUCAUCAAGGACCCCAGAGGACUGCAAGAAAAGUAUUGGAUGCAGGACUAUAUUGGCCAUCCAUUUUCAAGGAUUCAUGGCAAGCAUAUUCCACCUGUGAAAGAUGCCAGAGAGCAAGCGGAGUAAUUACCUGGAGACAGGAGAUGCCUCAGCAACCCAUCCUGUACUGUGACAUCUUUGAUAGUGAGAUCAUAAUUGUGGGGGCUAAAUGCUGCACAAAGUCAAGCAAGUUUGAAUGCAGCAGGAUGUGCUCACUCUUUCACACAGUUAACCAGGAUUUACCUCCAUUCACCACCACCCAUGCACCUGCAACUGAGAAGGAUAACAGCUCCAAUUCUUCAGAGGAGGAAGAGGAUGAUGAUGAGAAUGAUAACAAUCUUUCAUCCUCCAGCUCAAAUGAAGAUCUUAUAUAG